UUUAAUUUAAGCCGUCUAAAUGUUUAAGCAAAAAAUACAAUCACUCAAUGCAUCGGUUUCUUAUUUCACUCGAGCUUUUGAGUUGGCCCCUUAAUCCUGAUGAAGUCGUACCUAAUGCUUUUAGAAUCCAGAUAUAUCGGCUAAAAUCAAUCGAUUCUAACCCAUCUUGAAUCCCAACUAUUUCGGCUCCCAUCUCCUUCACAAACUCGAUCAUUUUAUUCAUUCAAAAACGAAAGCUGCCGACCUUGUUAUCCCCUCAUCAGUCGCUGCAACCACCACCAGCACUCUCCUCAUUCUCGAAUUUAUGUUAAAUAACUUGGCUUGCCCUGAUUUAAAUAUUUGCCCCCCCUCUUCACAUCGCCUCUGCUUCUGGCAGCUGCAUCUGUGGUUCUAUCCUUUUCUUUUAAUGCUUUGUUGAAGGCAGAGCGGGUGCCUGGUUUCACCACGAUGCUCUGUAUCUCAAACCAUAAGCCACAGUUUAUCGUCGACACCGUCGCUCGCCUAUUACCUCUCUCCAACCUAGACUUUCGCCGAUCAUUCACCACUAUCUCUACAACACCGCAUCAACAACACCAUCAGGGUUUCUUUCCCUCUUACUGUCGCCUUCAAUCACUUGAAAAAGCCUUGUUUACCCUUCGCCAUUUCAGAAUUCCUAAUGUCACCACCACCAUAUCGAUCACUCAUAUUCCUCUCUGGCACCAACGUCUUCGCCUAUGGCAUGGUUGUAGAGUACUUGAGCCUAUUAAGGAACAAUACCACAUCAUCUCUUAUGAUGAUUUCUAUCAGUUGGCUUUUGUUGUUGCUGUAGAAUUUACUGUAUGACCUGAUGUUCCCUUCAAUCCAGU